AUGUCGGUGUGGAAAGAGAGGCUCACCAAAAGCCUGACGUUUUCAUCUGGAAGGAUGCACUCCUUUCCAUGCUCGGCUCUGCUGGCUUGUUUUGGUAACACCAGAGAGAAUGCUGCCUUUGAGCAGUCCAGCUCUGCUGAUACUCACUCCACCAUCUAUGUCCAGCCCAUUGCCAAAGCAGGCAGGCAUCCAAGUCACCCCAAGGUAGAAGAAGAAAGCGCUCUGGAGAAAAGACGAGAUUCUGGUAUGCACUCAGAACGAAAUGGUGGUGCCAAUGGCAACAACAGCAAACACAACGUUGUCCAGCCCGCAGAGACCCUUGAGAAUGUGCCCCGGUGCCUAAGUGAUGAACCAGACCGUGAGGCAGUUUCUUUCCAGACAUCCAUCCCUAGACCAUCAAUUAUUGACACACCGAAGGAAGAAGAAUCCCACCAGGAGAGCGAGUGUCCUGAGCUGGAAGAGAAGAUGCUGUCAGACAGCCCGCUUGAGGACGCUGACCCCAAAGACUUCUAUCUCAUUCCAAGAAGCAUCAUGGCUGAGCCGGACUACAUAGAGGAUGACAAUCCUGAACUAAUUAAGCCCCAGAAACUAAUCAACCCCGUCAAAACAUCCCGAAAACAUCAAGACCUCCACAGAGAGCUCCUUAUGAAUCAAAAAAGGGGUCUUGCCCCUCAGAAUAAACCAGAAUUGCAGAAGGUGAUGGAGAGGAGAAAACGGGACCAAGUGAUAAAACAGAAGGAGGAAGAAGCACAGAAGAAAAAGUCCGAUCUGGAAAUAGAACUAUUAAAGCGGCAGCAGAAGUUGGAGCAGCUUGAACUGGAAAAGCAGAAAUUGCAAGAAGAGCAAGAAAACGCCCCGGAGUUUGUGAAGGUGAAAGGCAAUCUCAGGAGGACAGGCCAGGAGUCCUAGGCCCAGCUGCCUGUGGCCUGGCGUGUCCCCACCAUCGCUAUAGGAGCCAUGUCUAGGUACCUCUGCAGCGCUUGUCUUGGGCCAGAGUCCUGAGGAAGAGAACCCAGACAGCUGAGAAUUUUGACUAUCAAAAAGGAUCGGGUUUGAUUCGCCAUCAUAUCAUGCUAGAUGAAUCGUCUUUGACGGUUGCUAUUCCCACUCGCCAAAUGAACAACAUUGACCAGCACAUAACACAUGUGUUAUCAUGGACCUGUGGUUAGAGACUCUAGACAAAGCAAAACACAAAAGCAAGCGAACUAGAAAGUGGACACUGGAAUAACACUUGAGGGUUAUGCUACUCAGCUUUUUUUUCCAUUCCAAAUUUAGUGGGACACAGAGCCUUGUUCUUUCCAAAACUAAAGAAAUUGUGUGGAAUCCUUCCUUUGGUUAACUGUGAGAUCAUUUUGAUUGCAUCAAAAUGCUUUUCAUCUGUCAUGUCCAGUAUUUGUAUUUCAUUUUGAGAACCCAGAAUUUUCUUGUUUAAUGUAUACCCCCCUCACAAUACAAAUUAAGAAUGGAAAAUGUUAGUCUUUAACAUUUAUGUUUAACCAUACCUGUUUCCUUGGUUGACAGUGAAAUUCAGAAAUAGGAUAAGAAGUGUUGACAUGUCAACGCCCAUCACGAACUUGGUAUAAUUUUUCUAGGUUCUCAGUAUGAUAUGCCACAUGCUGCCUUUCCACUUCCAAGAAGGCACAUCGUGACUGUUCCUUUAUUGUUUUGAUGACCAUAGGCUUUCUCUUCAGUUUUAGUUUGUCAUUUCUUGCUCAACUCGUCUUUUUAGAUGAAGCAAUUCCUUAGUUCUUUGGAGGAUUAAACUAGAGUGCAUAACUCAGCCUCUGUGUCCCAUAGUGAGGCCGGAUCUUUUGAGUUUUCCUGAGAGCAGUAUAGAGGGUUGUCCAUGAGGACUGGGUGACGAGGCCAUUAGUUACUGAAUGUGAUACAAAUAGAGAUCCAUUUCUAGGAGGGUUUAGUGGAAGACUUUAUACUUUCUACAUUUUGAGUGUCUUUGAUUCUUAGCUUUAAACAUUUCUCAUGAGGGAUCACGUGUUUCUUUCCACUUGUGUUUCUUGUGAAGAACGACUAUCUGGCGCUCUCUCAGCAUGAUGCUGUUGAUAGGGACGGUCUUGACUACUGUGCUUCAUCUCUCAGGAAAAGCUGAGGGGCCGGGCAGAGCUGCUCAGUUUCCUCAUGCUAGCUAGCAUGCUGUUCAAAGAGACAUCUAAGUUAGAAAUGAUAUGAAAGUUCCCAUGCAAAAAUAUAUUUUAUACUGCAGGCAUGGGAUUUUUUUUAUAUUUAGUGCUUCUCCCUAGAAAUGAUUUAACCAGUAAUUUCUACACUGAAGACUUCUAUUUCCUUUCAUGAUGCACAGAAUGCUGGGUGUAGUGCUUUGGAAUCCUUGAUUAGCACACUAGACACUCGCUUUCACUGGGAGCACUCCGGUUAGGUAGUUAACAGGCCCAAGCUCCAUCCAAGUUUGAUUAAGAAAUAGAUGGGUGAUAAUUCACUGCUAGGUAGAGAAACUUGAGAGUUGAUUACAGCAAAAAUGGAUUCUUAGACUUAUCAGCAAGUGUUAUCUAAAUAAAAUAUGAGAUGCUGAAGAUAAAAUUGUUUGCCUUUGAAGACUGGAUGACAACUUCGUCAUCCUUCUUUUUGAUAAAAGAAAGUUCAUUCCUGACUGUUGGGGAAAAAAAAUCUCCAGUGCACAUUGAUUAUUCUUUCUUUGUGUGUGUGGAGUAAUGAUGUCAGAUGUUAGGGUGAAAAUUUGGGACUGGCUCAGUCCUUUUUAUCUAACUGGAAGUUAGCUCUUGAGAUGUGUAUCCUGAGAACAGUUCCACUGUGUGAUAGGAUCUUUGAGGGCCCUCACUAGCUCAUUAGGAACUGGGCCGAUUCUGUUUCUAAACCCAAGGGACUCAUUCACAACCACAUUUCUUUCCUGGUUGCACUCAGACCUGUGAUCUUCCUUGGUGGUUAGUGCUACAGGGUCUGGCCAAAAGAGGACUUGUAAAAGUAAAUAGCACGAAGUGAUGGCUUCUGCUGGGUCCUGGGGCACACAGGUAGUGAGGCUUGUCAGAGUCUGCAUUUUAAAAUGCCAUCGCUCUUUCCUUGCUCCUAACACUGUGUAGUCCAAACCCCGAGAACUUGUCAACAUCUGAGCAGUGUUGUGCUUUGAGCCACUUUUAGGGGGGAAAAGGCUCCAUUUUUCCACUCUGUAGUUUUCGUAAAAUAGAUCUGUGUUUUCUAGUCUCCUGCUAGUAAAAUAGUUUGCUUUCUAAGCUAUAACAGUCAACUUUAUUCUUCUACUCUGAGAAUCUUGACCUGUUUGAGUGUACAUAAUAUAUAUAAAGGGAGCCUUAAUGGAUUUGUUUUCAUAAUUUAAUAUUUUUUGUAUUUGCUCUUGUAUAAUUGUUUUUUUAAUGGAAAGUAUUACAGAAUCAAGGGUGGAAUUCUUAGAACCAAAGUUAUUCUUAAUAAAAAUCACCAAUGCUUGGACCACA